AUCGAUAUCAAUUGAUUUGAAUUAAUUCAAUAAUUAUAAGUCAGUUUUUUAAACAAAACAAAAAAAAAACCGAAAAUGAAAUUCUUCAUUGUUUUCGCUACAUUGGUCGCUGCUGCCAGCGCUGUCCCAUAUGCUGGUUUGGUCAACACUGGUGCUUCAGCUGUUAGCCGAUCAGAUGAUGGUCAUGGUAACUAUGCUUUCGGUUACAAUGAAGAUCACGCUACUGGUGGUACCUUCCGUAAAGAAAAAGGUGGUCCAGGUUAUCAAUCUGGUUCAUACGGUCUUCGUGAUGCUGAUGGCCGUGUGCGUGUUGUCAACUAUGUUGCCGAUGCUCAUGGUUUCCGAGCUUCAGUUCAAACCAAUGAACCAGGUACCGAUCCAAAACAAGAUCCAGCUGCAACUUCAUUGACCGGUAGCCAUGCUGGUGUCGUCGCUGGUCCAGCCCUCGCUGCUGCUCCAUUGCACGCUGCUCCAUUGUUGGCCGCUCCAUUGCACGCUGCUCCAGUGCACGCUGCUCCAUUGUAUGCUGCCCCAGUUGCCCACGGUUUGCCAAUCGCUUCAUCAUAUUCAGUAUCAACUCAACAUGCUUCACUUGCCGCACCAUUGGCCGCUCCAUUGGCUGGUUAUGGUUAUGCUAAAGCAGGUUAUGGCUUGCCUGGACACUAUUAAGUGAAAUAAACAACAUGCUCAACUAUGAUUUUCUAAAUAAAACCAAAAUUCAGAUCAAAAAAAA